AUGGUUGCUAUGGUGACGGUGGUUGCUAUGGAAACGGUGGUUGCUAUAGUAACAUCGGUUGCUAUGGAAACGGUGGUUGCCAUGGUAACGGUGGUUUCUAUGGUAACGAUGGUUGCUAUGGUUACAUCGGUUGCUAUGGAAACAGUGGUUGCUAUGGUAACCACGGUUGCUAUGGUAACGGUGGUUGCUAUGGAAACAGUGGUUGCUAUGGAAACGGUAGUUGCUAUGGUAACCACGGUUGCUAUGGUAACAGUGAUUGCUAUGGAAACGGUGGUUGCUAUGGAAACGGUGGUUGCUAUAGUAACAUCGGUUGCUAUGGAAACGGUGGUUGCUAUGGUAACCACGGUUGCUAUGGUAACCACGGUUGCUAUGGUAACCACGGUUGCUAUGGUUACAUCGGUUGCUAUGGAAACGGUGGUUGCUAUAGUAACAUCGGUUGCUAUGGAAACGGUGGUUGCUAUGGAAACAGUGGUUGCUAUAGUAACAUCGGUUGCUAUGGAAACGGUGGUUGCUAUGGUAACCACGGUUGCUAUGGAAACGGUGGUUGCUAUGGAAACGGUGGUUGCUAUGGAAACGGUGGUUGCUAUGGUAACCACGGUUGCUAUGGAAACGGUGGUUGCUAUGGUAACAUCGGUUGCUAUGGAAACAUCGGUCGCUAUGGAAACGGUGGUUGCUAUGGCAACAAGGGUUGCUAUGGUAACCACGGUUGCUAUGGUUACAUCGGUUGCUAUGGAAACGGUGGUUGCUAUGGUAAUCACGGUUACUAUGGUUAUAUCGGUUGCUAUGUAG